GAGCAGGGCGAGGAGCGAAGCCCGAACCCCAGCAGCCCGCAGCCCCGCGGGGAGGCAGCCAGGGGCCCCCCGCAGACAGCGUGACCCCCGCCCCGCCGCCGCCUCCGCCCGCCCCCAGGAAGAGAAACAAAACAAAACCCCGGCACCGCCACGCUCUCCCUCCUGCUCCUCCUGGCAUUCGGUGGCGGCUACCUUUUCGUGGUUUUUCUUUUUUCUUUUUCUUCUUUUUUUUUUUUUUUCUUUUUUUUUUUUUUUUCCUUGGGGAUUCUCCUUUCUCCUGCCAGACUGACUUGCACCUUCUCGAUAAUUUCUCUUCCCCUUGUUUUUUAUACUCUUCUCCCUGCUUCCAAACCCUGUGUCUGUGUGUUUCAGUACUAUCACAACCUCUGCUAAAAAUAGAUCUUUUUAUAUACCCUUCCUCCUCUCUGACCCCAUCCAACACCCCUUGUUAAGGGAACCAUCUUAAACCCAGGGCAAGAAACAUAAAGUCACUUGGCUGUCCCUUAUCUUUAAGGGCACCUGAUGCAUAAGUGGACUAGAGAAAGGAAAGAAAGAAAACCUCCAAAGACCUACAGAUCAUCUUGCUGGCAGGAACGUACUCACAUCUUUAGAUUUCUUCCUUGAAACCACAGAGUGACUGGAAAAACUCACCAACAACCACAAGUUUUUAAAAAUAUCACCGGUCUUCUGACAAGUUGAUUAAGUGAAGAGAAAAAAAAAACAAAAAAAACACAACGAAGCUGUUUCCAAGUAUUGAAGAUACAAGGCCAGGAUGAACCCGAAGGACUCAAAAGUGUCUGAAGGAGGUCUCAAUGUCACACUUACCAUACGCCUUCUCAUGCACGGCAAGGAGGUUGGAAGCAUUAUUGGAAAGAAAGGUGAGACAGUUAAGAAGAUGCGGGAGGAGAGUGGGGCUCGAAUCAAUAUUUCCGAAGGCUCCUGUCCAGAAAGAAUUGUGACCAUAACAGGCCCAACAGAUGCAAUUUUUAAAGCAUUUUCUAUGAUUGCACUAAAAUUUGAAGAGGACAUUAAUGCUUCAAUGACAAACAGCUCAGUGACAAGCAAGCCACCUGUAACACUUCGGCUUGUUGUGCCAGCAAGUCAAUGUGGAUCCCUUAUAGGAAAAGGAGGCUCCAAAAUCAAAGAAAUCAGGGAGUCCACAGGAGCCCAGGUGCAAGUAGCAGGGGAUAUGCUGCCAAACUCAACGGAGCGUGCAGUCACUAUCUCAGGCACUCCCGAUGCCAUCAUCCAGUGUGUGAAACAGAUAUGCGUGGUCAUGCUGGAGUCCCCACCCAAAGGUGCCACCAUCCCCUACCGUCCCAAACCUGCCUCUGCACCUAUCAUUUUUGCAGGUGGCCAGGUAAGAGCAGACACCAUUUUGGCUUCAGCUGGAAACCACACCGUCUUGGCCCAACCUCAGCCAGCGCCUGCGUUUACAAUUCAGGGGCAGUAUGCCAUCCCUCAUCCAGACGUGAGUCCAGCACAUUUGACCAAGCUUCACCAGUUGGCUAUGCAGCAUCCCCCCUUUACUCCCCUUGGGCAGACCACCCCUGGUUUCCCUGGACUGGAUGCCACUUCUCCAACCAGUUCCCAUGAACUUACUAUUCCCAAUGAUCUAAUAGGCUGCAUUAUUGGCAGACAAGGCAGUAAGAUAAAUGAAAUCAGGCAGAUGUCAGGAGCGCAGAUCAAGAUUGCUAAUGCCACAGAAGGCUCUGCAGAACGACAAGUUACAAUCACAGGAUCCCCCGCAAACAUCAGCUUAGCACAGUACCUCAUAAAUGCAAGGAUAUGUUCUUCUCUUGGUGUUCAGGGAUUCCCCACACAUCGAGACGAGAAUAGACCCCUUCAUUUUUAGUUGCACAAACACCAUAUGGCAUGCACCUGGAUCUCAGAAGAUAACAAUUUAAGAUCUUCAAGACAGCUAAAGCAUGCAAAUAAAAUAAUGCACUUAUUUAUGGAGUUGCAGUGAGCUGCUCACCAGAGACAGAAACUCUAGUGAACAAACCUCUCUUUGACUCACUUUAGAAAAGCCUGUGAACUCUCACAAUUCCGUUUAAUUACUGCUUAACAAAUCUUUUGAUGGAAUGAGAUAUAUGUGGGGUCUUUUAAGAUACUUUUGCAAAGAAGAAAACUUCUCAGCAGUCAUACACAUGGAUGCUCUAUCUAUACCCUGUGAAACCAGAAAGUAUUUUCUUCCUGUUGGCUUUCUAGAAAGUCAUUUGUUACCAUCAUCUACAAUAAACCAUCAUAUAUUAUUAUGUACCAUAUGUUGAAACUGUAUUUAGAUGAAGCAACUUCAUUUGUAAAUGAAGACUCUUAAAGUAAUGUAUAAUAAAUUAAGUUCUAAGGUGACAUAGGACAUUAAGGUGGCUUUUUCAUUUAAAAAGUUACAUUGCUCCAGAUUUCUCUUCUCCCAAGAGAAAUGUCUGCCCAGUGAGGUGCCACCGCAGCCACAGCACUGGCCAGCAAUACAGUUAACAAGAUAUAGUUUGAGAUGUCAAGAAAAAGAAAAAGAAAAUAAAUAUAUAUAUAUAUAAUAUAAAAUAAUAAAUAAAAGCCAUAUAAACAUUCAGGGUAAGAUGGACUUUUCUUUCUACUCUUCCCCCCAAGAUCCAAAAUUCUCAUAGAUUUGGUUUCCAGGGACAGUAUUUCUGCAUAGAUAAUGUCUCACAGCAGCAUGGGAUGUGAAAAACCUAUCCAAUGUAUUCCUCUAACUGUGUGUAUCUCUAGCCAAAGUUGCCAUCUAUAUAGCAAUUUAUCAGGUUGUUUUAGGCAUAUUAUUGCAAUCUGGUGUUGAAUGUGUACAUAAGAUUAAGUACUCUAAAUUACAGAUAUAUAAGUACAUUGAUACAGUAUCAAGACAGAGAUUUAAUUCUUUAAGUAUUGUUUUCGUUCUUUGUUGACUAUCCAAGGGUUGAACUCUGUAUUAGCAGAAUUUGUCCCAGCUUGUUUGCAGUAGAAAUGUCUUUUUUUCUUGUAAAAUCUUCUGUCUCUUAACUGGUAACCGUUGUAGUAACUGGAUUUUCAUUAUCCAAUUACAUCUUCUAGCUUUUAUUAAGAAUGAACCACAGCUUAGGUUUCCUAUGUAAUAUUUGACUUUGGGGUGUAAGUGACCUGUAGCCAGCAGCACUUUCUUCUUGUUGAAGAGCAGUUUCCUGAAGAUGUUUUUCACUUCCGUUUUGAUGAAAGAGUCAUUCACAGAACAGAACCAACAAAGGCAAUCUCGAGCUUUAUUCCUUCUGUACGCUAGUCGGGCAAUGCAAGACGUGGCCUUCAAUGUAUGUAUUUGUAAGUGUAGCUCUUCAAAGUGGAAAAUUGGCAUAAUGAAAUUCUGUAUUGAGUCUGCUCAUCAGCUUCCUUAUUCAAUUCUGUUGUAUGUAUAACCAAUUUGGGAAACUUCAGCUGUCAUAAGAGAGCUGAAAGCCAACCUGCUGUACUUUCACCUCACUCGUUACCACCAGAAAUAAAGGUGAAGUAAUGCCAAUUAGUGCUUCUGUUGUACCUGUGCAAGUACACCAGGCAGGGAGUCUGGGUGUCUCAACACCACUGCUAAGCCUGUGAGAUCUGUUAUCUGUGUUGGUGCAGGGCAGUGAGUUCAGCCUCAAAUUCUAUCCACACAGCAGUAGAAAUUCUUUAUUUUUAAAUACAAGGCAGGCAAAUCCAGAAACAGUGAGUACGGCAUUUUCUUUCUGUAUGCCUCCCUCCCAAAAUCACACGAUUUUAGAAUUGUUAAAAAAAACCUGAACUGCAUAAACAACUAAGGCAUUGCCAUGUAACUCCUCCAUGGAGUUGGAUUGGAUUCACUGUUUCAGUGCUAAAAAUAAUCGUUCUUGAUAUAAAUCCCACUGUGCAAGUAGAUUGCAAGCAGCACUUCUGGCAGUGCAAGGAUGCUGUUCUCCCUGCAAAGAGUGAUUCUAUUGUUAAGUUUAGGAGAAAAGGUGCUCAUCCACGAGGCAGAUAAACAUCACAGAACAGAGGGCAAGAAAACCUAAGUUUUACAUUCCACAAGCAGGUCUACAUUUCACACAUUACCUUCCUCCAUCCCAACCCAUCAGAUAAAAUGUUUUUCAACUUCCCAGCAAAAGUAUCUGAUGAACUAGUAUCACAAGAGCCCUUUUCUUUUGAGGGAGGAGUGUAGUACUCAAACAUUUCCCUCUCCUCCACUCUCCUUUCUCCAGCUCAGAUCAGAAUUAGGUAUCCUUUAACCUCACCUUUAGCAGCAGUGCUUUGGGAAGCAACAUCACUGCCCAUUUAGUGAUCAUUUAUUGCUUUUGUGCUUACCAUCACACUAAAAGGGGUCAUGCCUUCUGGUUGUUACUUUCUCUGGCCAUGAGAAGACUGGGGCUGUUCCUCACAGCUGCACAUAAAUCUCAAAUGAGAAAAUGCAAGGUUAUCCCAUGCCUGGCAUAGAGCAACCAUUCCCCUCUGCUGCUUGGGUGAGGAGCUGGGCUACUGCUACUGACUGACCCCCUUAGCUGGGAAGUUUCCCCGAGACCCAAUGAGACUUGAUAAUAAGUGGCAGGUACCCUGCCAGGCAGCCCUCUCUGUGGUGGCUCACUCUGCUGCCAUAUGUAUAAUGGGAGCCUGUAAUGAUUUGCUAACCCAUAGUCCCAUUUAUGUUAGGCAGUAACACCUCCCAGGUGAUUACAUGCAAAACACAUACCAAAAUUAGCAUUUCCGGAUUGUUUGCUGAUCCCAAAGCACAGUGCACAAGCUGUUAACAGACACAUAUCAAAGUAAAGAUUUAACUAGAUAAACAUUUUGUCAUGCAAAGGAAACAAAUGAAAAAAAACCACAAAAACCAAUGUGCUCUUGGAAUUACUAUAUUUCAAUGUGUAAAAAAAGCAGAGAAAAGUCUAAGCAUACAGGCCUUCUGGCCUUCCAGUGAGUGGUCUUAAUUAUGGUGAAAUGAAUGUUGUUUUAUACCUACAAGCUCCAAAGAGCCGUUCACUUCAUUGGAGUAAGAGGUUGGGUCACUCUGAAUUGCCUUGUGCUCUCUGGGUCUGUGUGAUGUUUAUGUUAUGUUGUAUCAAUGUAGUACUUUGUCUGUCAGCCGUUGGGUGAUGUUAACUGUAAUCGUUGUGAUGAGCUCAGAAUGGAUACCACUGCUGUGGAAGCCGGGGUGUUGUUCCAGUCUUCCUUUUUUUUUUUU